UUUUUUCAAACAUCGCACCCACCCUACCUCCCAACACCUCUUCAACAGAAGCAUACACCUUUGUUAAUAAGACAAUUCAGCAAAACUGUCUGUCAGCACACACACACACACACACAUACACACAGUAUUCAUCUAUAUACACGCAUUGCGAGAGCAUCUGCCUUUUUUUUUUUUUUAUAUUUCUUUUACUACGAAAAAAAGGCCAUGUCGGACUUGGUUUUCAGUGAGGGCGGAAAGGACCAAGGAGAGAAAGAACAAGUUCCUUUCAGCGGCUCAGCACCGGAAAAAUGGAGAGCGAACCGCGGUAGGUGGAGGGGAGCGUCCGCACAGGACGACCGCACCAGUUGGAGAGAAAGAGCCGCACGAAGUGACCGCGGUGGCUGGAGAGGAGGAGCACACGGAGACCGUGGCGGAUGGGGAGGAGAUGGAGGGAGAGGAGGGGGCCGCGGAAGCUGGAGAGAACGAGAAGGACGAAGAGACCGCGAAAACUGGAAAGAAGGAGAAGGCCGAGGAGACCGUGGCAACUGGAGAGAAGGAGAAGGGCGAGGGGAUCGCGGCAGCUGGGGAGGAGAAGGACAAAGUAGCUGGAGAGGAGGAGCAGGACGAGGAGGAGGACACAGCCAUCGAACUAGCCGAGACAGCCAGGACAGCCGAGAGGGCCAUGAGGAUAGCGCUGAUCGUGGCGCUGAACGCGGUCGAGGCGGCGGUCGUGGCCGCGGCCGCGGAGGGAGAUUUUUCACGGACGAGCAAAGAACCGAGAUCGUUGUUGCGGCGAGACCCUUAACGCUCCAGGUCGCCGGCGAAGGCACAGACGACAUCAUCGUCGCGAAGGCUGCUGAUGAGAAGCUCCAGCACUUGGCCAGCUUCAUCUUAAGAAAGACCGACUUCCACGGCUUUACCGGCCAAAGAAUGAUCCAUAACUUUGUCGAUUCGUGCUUGCUCAACCUGUCGAACCACCACAAUAUCGACACAUCUGGCGUCCUCGGUGAUUUGGCGUCCACGAGCGGGCGGGCUCGACUCUCGGAAAUCCUAAGCAUGCCAAUGGAGGUCGACGCAGAGCUCAUGAAGGACGUUCUUCCAUUCCAGACGGUGGUUAUACCCUUGGUCGGAAUCCUCACCCGAGAGUCGCUUUGCCAGUCGACGAUGACCACCGAGUGUGGCCUCAUAUACUCGACAGUUUACCAACACCGCAAGACCUUCCUGGAGGAGGGAUUAUUGCAUUGUAUGGAUAAGCUGUUGAAAACCAGAAUCCUCUGGGCUCGUAUCUCAUUUUUGAGCCCGGGAAGCCCUCGCCAAGAGUUCUCCCUGCAGCGUGCAUUUCUUGGCAUUGUGAGAUUGGUGUAUCAGCUGAUCAAGAGGAUUCGCGAUGCGAGGUUUGAGAUGGCUGACAUUGUCAAGCGUCUGUAUGAACAACAGACCAAGUGCAUCGAGGCCUCCGAUAGCUCUAACGAAAGCCGGUUCCUGAACGAGAUCCUGGUCAGGGAUGUCCUGCGAAUCCGCAACAUCGUCGCUGAUGCCCAGGCCUCGUUUUUACCAUCUGUCAGUUCAUCUGCUCCCACGCUAACUGCGAUUCUAUCAAGGAUUCGCGGACCGAACUUGCCAUAUCUCCAUCUGAUGUACGACCCUCCUGGCACUCUCUCGCGAAACGGACCACGGCACGACAACGACCAUGCCGAAAUCGCAUCCAUCAGUAUCAUUCCGACAGAAGCGGAAUUGACAUGCUCUCGACAGCCAUUCUUGCCAUCGAACGGCAUUGACGCCCCUCACCAUUGGCCCCAGGGAUGGAAGCGUCAGAUCGAUAUCCAUUUCCGCCUCUACAGAGAAGACAUGCUGUACUCGUUUCGCGACAGCGUGAACGCGUUUUUUUCUGCUCUGGAAAAGACAGCAAAGGGGAAUGAGGAUGCACUUCUGAAGCAGAAGGCAAUCGACACACAAUCAGGGAAUAGCAAUGUGAAUAUGGAUGUGUACGGAGGAGUGCGAUUCCGCGGCCUGGAAUGCGAGGGACACGCGCGCGGUGCUCUUGUGAUAUCGUUCACUCAGCCAAGUCAGGUCCACGGCGCGAAGGAGAGACGGCGAAAGGAGUUUUGGGAACGUUCCAAGAGCCGAUUGAUGCAAGGGUCGCUUAUUUGUCUUGCCGGCAGAUCCUGGCACAGCUCCGGGGGUUCAACAUUUCACACAAUCCUUGCAGUCGUCGAGAGGCGAGAUGUCGAUGCCCUUUCCAUGAGCGAGUCGAACGCAUUUAUCCACGUGAAGCUGACAGAUCCUCAACAGUACAUGACUUUUCUUAACCCUGCCUCCGCCAAGUCGCCUGAUAUGCCUGACCGGUGGUUCUUGGUCCAGUCGAAGGGAGGGUUCUUUGAGUCGUAUAGGCCUGUUUUGAAAUCACUUCAGAACUGCGAGCCUGCGAUACUUCCUUUCGGGAAGUAUAUCGCUCCGACCGAACACGAAUAUAACACCAGAUUGGACGCUGGCGGCAAGGUCGACCCACCGCUGUAUGCGCGUGCUCCGGGAUUCACCUUUGAUCUGUCUGUCCUUGUCAAGGACAAGAGACUCCGUUUGGAUGCAGCCGAUCCACAGUCGAUCGACAAUGCUGUGCACAUGCUCCAGCGGGAAAGUACUCUCGAUGACACGCAAGCAUCCGCCUUGGUCGAAACUCUUUGCCGAGAAGUUGCGCUGAUCAGCGGGCCGCCCGGGACUGGCAAGACCAAGAUCGGAGUGGACCUAAUGCGAGUCCUACUGCAUAAUAAGCAAGCGAUGAACUGUGGACCUAUCCUCUGUAUCUGCUACACGAAUCAUGCACUGGAUCAGUUCCUAGAGCACCUGCUGGACAUGGAUGUCACCGACAUCGUGCGCAUUGGUUCUCGAUCAAAUUCCAAACGAUUGGAGAUGCACAAACUUGAAACUAAGAUGCGGAGCAACGACCUACCCGAUCUCGUACGACGAACCCUCGCGGCCACUAAAAACGAAUGGGAAGGUACAUGGAACACAAUCGAGGGCCUUGUCAAGAAUAUCAUGCAUCUGGAAACUGCAACUCAAAGCCGGGCUGUAUCCUGGAACCACAUCGAUGACUACCUCCAAACAGAGGAUCCAGACCAAUGGGAGCAGCUUCGGCCCCGUAUGGCAGAGAGUUACCUCGAUGAUGACGACUUUACUACAGUUCUACAUAAGGGACAACAUAUCGAUCAUUUCAGUCGGUGGAUCAAUGGACACGACAUCUCUGAGAAGCAGAAAUUGAAUGAACAAAUGAAGAAAUGGAAGGAUCAAAAACAACAUAAGUUCUACAACUCGUACAGCGCCCUCGCGUCGAAGGAUGAGGAAGAGGGAGAGGAAGAAGAGGAAAAAGAGGAGGAAUUAGAGCUUUGGGAUAUACCGCUGGGGGAUAGGCCCUUAAGGAUGCUGGGCGGAGACGUCUGGGAGAUGUCGAUGGUCGAGCGUAGGCGACUAUUGGAUUCAUGGAGACCCAAGGCGCAGGAAUCCAUGAUAGAACAAUUGACAGAGCACCUGCGAGAGGCCGAGGAGUUCGCAAAGAAGAAGAACGAGGCAUACGAUGAGGCCCGGCGCUGUAUUCUCCAGAAUGCAUCGGUCAUUGGAAUGACCACCAGUGGCGCCGCGAAAAUGCAGGCUCUGAUCAGUGCAGUCGCUCCCGAAAUCAUCAUUUGUGAGGAAGCGGGCGAGGUCCUGGAGUCGCAUAUUCUGACAGCACUCUCGCCUUCGACCCAACACCUGAUCCUCAUCGGUGACCAUAAGCAGCUUCGUCCCCAGAUCGAGACAUAUACUCUGUCGUCGGAUUCUACCGUCGGAAAGAACUACAAUUUGGAUCAGUCUCUUUUCGAGCGCCUCGUUACUGCCGAGAAGAACCCACUCCCACUGUCGCACAUGACUAUUCAGCGACGCAUGCGGCCCGAGAUCUCGAGCUUAAUCAGGAAUACGCUUUAUCCCGACCUAGUUGAUGAAAAGCGAGUCCUCGAGUAUCCCAAUGUGAGUGGCAUGGGUGCCAACCUGUACUUCAUGGACCAUGCACACGCUGAGGACAGCAGGGACCAGUACGGCAUGCAGUCGUUCGCCAACUCUUUCGAGGUCAGGAUGGUUGGGGCACUGGCACAGUACCUGAUCAAGAAUGGAUAUGACAAGCCUGGGGACAUUGCAGUCCUGACACCGUAUCUCGGCCAACUUUCGAAACUUCGGGAUGGUUUAAGUGACGCAUUCAAAUUGCUUAUAGACGAGCGAGAUCAGGAAAAGUUGGAUCAGGGCGAACAAGACGCAGAGGUUGACGGGUGGAGACCGAAGCCUACCAGCGAACCUGCAAAACAGGAAUCUCUCACUCUCAGGACCAUUGAUAACUAUCAGGGCGAGGAGGCUAAGAUUGUUAUCAUCUCGCUUGUUCGAAGCGAUAUCAAAGAGAGUGGCGAAAAGGCGGAUUGGAGCUCCAUCGGGUUCCUCAAGUCUCCCAAUCGCACUAACGUUCUCCUGUCUCGAGCACAGCAUGGCAUGUACCUUAUCGGCAAUGCUGGAUUGAUGGCGCAGGAGAAGCAUGGUCUGUGGCCAAAGAUCAUGGAAGAACUACGUGCGUCCGAUCGAGUGGGUGGAGGAUUCGCGAUCACCUGCAAGGAACACGGAAUUGCAAGCACAGUGAGCGAUGCUGAGACAUUCAAGGCAAUUUCUCCAAACGGCGGAUGCACCGCUAUGUGCGACUACAGACUCAGCUGUGGUCAUACCUGUCCGAUGCAAUGCCACCCAUACGACAAGGAGCACGUUUCAUUCAAAUGUCCUCAGCCAUGCCCUCACCUACAUAAAGGUUGUAAUCAUGUCUGUCCAAAAACGUGCGGCGAAGUCUGUGGCGACUGCAUGGAAGUUGUCGCGGACAUUGUUCUCUCGUGUGGACAUGUUUUCAAGCAACCCAGAUGCUACCAGGCCAAGGAUCUAGCCCGAAUCUACUGCAAAGUCAGCGUUGUACGUAAACUGCCGAGCUGCGAACAUGAGAAAACCAUGGUAUGCCAGAUGGAUCCGAAGGGAGUUCUGUGUUCCGAGAAAUGCGGAACUCGUCUCGAAUGCGGACAUUACUGUCUGCGCAACUGCUCCGAGUGCCAAAAAACCUCGCCCUCGCCAGAGGGGGAGGGCAAGUCAGUUGAGGGCAUUCCGAGGACAGUGCAUGGCGGAUGUCUUACGAAGUGCGGUCAGAUCCAGCUUUGCGGGCACACAUGUCAAGCAAACUGCCAUGAAGGUUCAUCAUGUCCUGCGUGUACCCAGCAGUGCAAGGCCGCAUGCGCUCACUCCCGGUGCCGCCAGAAGUGCACUGAGCCCUGUGAUGUUUGCUGCCAACCCUGUGUUUGGAGCUGCCAGCACCAAGGCCAAUGCAACAUGCCGUGUGGAGUGCCAUGCGAUCGACUGCCUUGCAACAAGCGAUGCGAAAAGCUUUUGAAGUGCGGACAUCGAUGUCCUUCAGUAUGCGGAGAGACAUGUCCUUCGACAGUGUUAUGUAUCGAGUGCAAGAAAGACCCUGCAGAGAUGGACGAGCUUGUCGAUUUGUUGAGGGAGGAUUCGUUUUCAGAGGUCGAUGUGGAUCGAAAUCCGAUCUUGGUCCUCGGCUGUGGCCAUGUUUUGACGAUGUUAACACUGGAUGGACUCAUGGAGAUGGAUCGAUACUAUGUCGAGUACUUUGACCGAGAGCACGGCGCGAUCGAGUACGUUGGGAGGCAUGAUCUACCAGGUUAUGAGCCUGACCAAGUUUUAUGUCCGAUCUGUGAUGAACCUGCUGUUGGACCUUUGCGCUACGGACUUCGUUUGAACCACUUACUUCUCGCCGCUCGGUUGAGGUCCCAACAUAUAGAUCAAUUCCAAGGUUUUGACAAAGUGCACAAGCAGUUUGCAAAGGUGUGCGAUGAGGUUGAGAGCCGUCGGACCAAGGUUUUGGAACAACUCUCUAAAACCAAGAGGGAAUCUCGCAUGGACCCACCAAAAGCCUUCUUACGGGUACUUGGGAACUUCGAGAACAAGGCAGACUAUUAUCCGAAUAGCGAUUUUGCAGCCUUGCCACCUAUCUACAAGAUCCCUGUGCGCUAUCGACGUCAUUGGACUGAGCUCGUUGGGCCGGCCGUAGAGGUCUUCCAGAGUUUCCUCAGAGCUGAUAAUGGAGCAGGACUCUCACCGUUAAACCGGCUUUACGAUGCUAUUGUGGGCCACUUCAAACGUACGGCAUCAAGCUCAACAUCUGGACAGCCGCAAAAAGUUCGAGCUUUGGAUGUUGAUUGCGGAUCGGCCGUAAAGUGUGGUUUUCCACGAGGCGGUUCGACCGUCCUUUCAAAGGUCGAGUCUCUAUACGGACAGGCAAGCGUGCUGCUCUUGGUGCUUUCGCUGGCAUUUUCGUUCCUGGACGAGGCUGGAGUCGCGUCUGGAUGGUAUUGGUUUGUCGAGGAUUUGAUCCGCUGUACAAUGAUUUAUGCCGGGUUACUGAUCGAAGCCGCGCAGGAAGGGAUGUAUCGCCGCAAGGUCGCGUAUGCUCGGCUGAUGAGGAUAGAACUGAUAUGCAUGACGCUACAGUGGAUUGGAAUGGAGCACGUAGCUGUAGGGCCCAAAGCAAAGGCGAAGCGGAGCAAGCAAGUUAAACGGCUAUUGAAGAACUAUAUGACGGACGACAAAGAGAUCAGGGAAAAGUAUGCGUGGGUGAUAACGAUCGAUAUCAAGAAGAGAAUGGUGGAGUUACGGGAUAGGAUGGUGAGCGCAGUGCGAGCUGCUAGAGGGGAGGAUGUAUUUGUGGCCGUGUCGCAGGGUGAGAAGUUACGAUAUCUGUUCAAGGGGGCGACGGACCAAGAGCCGGUGCAGGAUGGGCAAUGGGUACUCUGCAGUAAUGGACAUGGGUACGUAUUGGAUGAGUCGACAGUGCUCAUGGAAUGGCGAUGUUUUGAGUGCCAGGUAUCCAUUGCAGGAUACUGAAGAGACGAAGCAUCCUCAUCCGUUGCGCUGAGAUCUUUUCGACUGCAAAAUGAAUAUAGGCGACUGGAACUACAGCAGCAUGGCAUAAUAAAAGAAAGACUUGUAGUAC